AUGCUGUCCUCUGCUCGCAGCCGCAUCGCGGCUUUCUCCACCACCUGGUCUCCGCGCUUUGUCGCCAGAGCCAGCUACUCGUCGAGCGUCCCUCGUUUCUCGGAGAACCGCAUGCAACCCAACGACCCGACCCCUCCUACGCACAAGCCUAAUGUCUCCGCUACCAAUGCUACUCCUGUCGACUCGAUGGGCGCCUGGGAUGCCCCUUUGAAGGAAGAGCCCGAGGUGGGCGAGCGCAACCGCCAGCUGCAAGCCCCCAACCGCGCCAACACAUGGGCCGCCAGCCAGCAGCCGAGAGAGAAGGCUAUGACCGGUCCUCGAUUCGAGCAGACUAUCAUGGAAAUGCAGCCCCAACCUUACGCUGCCAUUGAGCUCAUCCACAAGCAACCAGUCAGCUGGACAAAGAAGAGAGUCGUCAGCUGUGACGGUGGCGGUGGUCCAUUGGGUCACCCUAAAAUCUUCAUCAACACCGACAAGCCCGAGAUUGCUACCUGCGGCUACUGUGGUAACCCUUUUGCCCACGAGCAGCACCGCGCGUACCUCCAGUCCCUGCCCGCCACCAGCUACCCCCUCGAGCCGACUGGCGACCCUGCCGAGGUGAACAGCAAGCCUGUCACUGAAGGUGGAUUUGAGCAGCGGUAAAAAGAGACCUUUUGAUUUCUUUUGUUGGCGUUGACGACCUGUUUUUAUUGUUUUCCGCCCUUUGAUUGGGUUGCAUGUACAGAUUUGUACCAGAUCAAUAGAUCUGUUAUUAGGCCAAGGAUAACCAAUGUGAUAGUAUAACUGUGGCAUGAUUCUAUUACCUACAGUAGUAGUUUUUGAUUACUUAUUGAGAGCCAAUUACUAGACCAAAUCCACC